CUCUCUCACAGUGUCUGUGAUCAGUUUCCUUGGGCUCAGACUAAUCUUCUUGGCAGCCAUGAUGACUGACAGCUUUGAAAGAGAAUACCGCAAAUGAGAGAAAAAGACAAAGGGAGAGAAGAGAGUGGAAGAGUGAGAGGGCAGUCCUGUCAGACAGCAGGCCAGCACAAAGUAUUGUGUGGCAUCCUGAGUAGUUUGCUGUUCCAGGAUGUUAGUGCUGUCAGGCUGCCACUCACUGGCGACAACGACUCCAACAGAAUCACAAACGGAAUAUUUUCAGAGAACACUCAAGAUAUUCCACGGAGUUUAGAAAUGGAGGAGUUUGCUUUCAAUGUGGUCCCAACCAGCGGCAGAGCAAGUUCACCCACCAUUCUGCGACUGCACCCAAUAUCAGCCAAACCAUCGCACCUGCACGCCAACCUGCCACUCCGCUUCGGCCGGGAAGCAUACAUCGAGCGAACGCCCAAAUCCUCCAUCAACCUUCCACAGAGGUUUGGCCGCUCUCAGGAGGGUGACCUGACCUCCGCGCAGCUGUGCACCGAGUGCCGGAGGGCUGAGUCUCCACCCUCUGCCACAUUACCGCAGAGGUUCGGGCGACGGAACAUAUUUGUUGAGGACCCUUUUCGUGCGCUGGCCAUAUUCACACGCACCCUUGAAUCACCUUUUCCUAGAGACAGGACAGAAGACUAUGACUACAUGCUUGAAACAAUACAAGAGGAAGACAAAGCUUUAAAGAGUAAAAAAUACAUUGACUAAGACUAAGACUACCAACACACAACA